GGCCAAAACAGAAUUGGUGCUUCUUUCUUGUUGUCUUCUUUCGAAUACAAAUCCUUCUUAGAGAAUCUCACUUUCUAUCUCUCUCUCUCUCUUAUCUCUACAGAACACACCCUGGUUCUUUACUGUCAGUCUCAUGUGCACUAUCCUUAAACUCAUCCUUCAUCAACCACUAAUCCCAUAUUCUAAGCCAUUCUCUUACUUCAAUUAUUUCAUCUAAUCCCCUCUCUUUCUUUCUUUACCACAUUUUUCCCUAGACCAAGUUUCAUGCAAUGUCCUUUGCUGCCUUCUACGCUGACCCAACAGAUGUCUAUCAUUUACUUGCAGAAGUUUUAGGCUCUAGAUAGUUUAGACUUCGGGUACAGUCAAUCCAGAAAUGGGUUUGCUAAAACUUUCGUGGCUGGUUUUGCUUCUUUGGGUUUUUUCUCUUUGUUUUAGAGCUCUUUGCGAUGAUGCAGAGGUAUUUGUUAAGUUCUUGAAAGCUCCCCAUGCAUUUUCACAUUUGAAUACAGCCACAUUUGAAUUUCAAGUUCUGGUGGGUGGAAAUGAGCGUUCUUGCACAAAUUGUACCACAAAUUGUAAGCUAGAUGAUGGCAUUGCCUCUGAUUGCGGAAGUAGGAGGGUCUUAUAUGAGGCCUUGCAGGAUGGAAAUCAUACAUUUGAGGUCUGCUUCAACGGGUCUCAAGGAGUUGGCUGUGCUACAUAUGACUGGACUGUUGAUACUGUCCCCCCAACAGCAUAUAUAACUUCAUCAACAUCUUUUACAAACGCUUUAAAUGUUACUGUAAAUAUUUCUUUCACAGAAACCUGUUCUGGUGGAGGGGGUUUCAGAUGUUCAUCAGUGAAUUCAUGCAACCUUCUGGUCUAUGGUGCUGGUCAAGUAAUACCAUCCUCGCUGGUUAUUCUGCAACCAAACCUCAAAUAUUCUCUUCUAGUAGGUUUAUCAACUACUGUCCUGUAUGGACGUGUCAUACUGGUAAUGGACAAGAAUUUUUGUACAGACAUUGCUGGAAACAGAUUUACAAGGACAGCAAAUUCUAGUUUCUUUGUACAUUUCGAUAGAAAAAGUGUUUUUGUUGACCUGAGGAUUCACAUUCCUGAAAAGCUACUUCAGCUUGACAAUCAAACUAGAACAGUGCAGGCUACAAAUGAUUAUGAUAAGUUGAAGGCGUACUUGUACUUCUCAGAACCAAUUCUCAACUCAUCUGCUGACAUUCUUGAUUCUAUCAACAUUAGUGAAGGUGCACUUCUUCCUAUAAGUGGAGAAAAACUUGGGAACCGCAGAUUUGGUUUUCAGUUAGUCAAUGUAUCUAGCAUUGCUAUCAUCACAAUAAGCUUUUAUUCGAACUCUAUAAUAAGCAGAUCGGGGACUUCCAUUUCUCCUAUUGCGCCAAGUUCUUUCCUUUAUGAUUCUCAAAGGCCUGCUGUGAAACUGAGUACAACAUCUAAUUCAAGGACAAAGGAACACAGCAUCCUGAUAUCAAUAAAGUUCAUGAAGCCUGUAUUUGGCUUUAAUUCUUCCUUUUUAUCAAUCUCAGGGGGUCAUUUGCAGAGCUUUCAAGAAAUAAGUAGAAGCAAAUACAUUGCACAGAUACAUGCUGAUGAUGAGAUUAUAUCUAUCAAUAUUCCUGCAAACAUAACUGGAGAUGUUGCUGGAAAUAAAAAUCUACCUUCUAACACUCUACAAGUGAGACACUAUUGUGUACCUACGAUAUCCUCUGUAACUUCUGCUUUUGCAACUGCUAUUUUCCUGGCAACAUCUUUUGCUGCUGGACUGCUCACUGUGUCAACAGCAAGCCUUCGGUCUGUUGGAGCAUUUUCCAGAUCAACUUCUUUGCUGACUUCUGAACCUACAAGGAAUCUUUUUAGAAUUGCCUGCUACAUUCAAGUUUUUGCAUUUUCUAGAUGGUUGGCUGUUGGACUGCCCGUUGAAUAUUAUGAAUUUGCAAGGAAUUUACAAUGGAGUAUUCCCUACUUCAGUCUCCCAUGGGAAACUGGGGGUGUUCAUCCAGUCAUGUUGGGCCCAAAUUCUACUACUGCCCCACAUUCCUAUAUUUCCAGUGUUUAUGAUUCAGAAAUUUCAAAGAAAAAACAACUGGAAGAACAGAAUUUGGCUAUUGCUGCUUCAGUAUAUGGAUUGCCACUCACUCCACUGGAGUAUAGAAUAUUUUUUGAGAGCCAAAAUAUGACGCCAGAAGCAGAAUAUAUUUUAGAUCCACAGUAUUCGAAUGGGUGGAGGGUUUUUGAUAGAAGUAUGUUCUGGCUGGCUUUAGUUGGUGGCAGUUUGAUACUGCUACAUGGUCUACUCUUUUUUAUUUUAAAACUGAGGAAGAAAGACCUUGAAAAGCCAAGGAAUUAUGGAGCAUUAACAUUCCCAAGAUUUGAGAUAUUUCUCAUGAUUCUUGCAUUGCCUUGUAUUUGUGAGGCCUCUGCUUCUCUCGUUAGAGGAGGGACGCAAUUGGGGGUUGUCAUUGGUGUACUGCUGCUGGGGUUUGUGGGAUUUUCAGUUCUGACCUUGUUCUUGUUCCUGUCUGUUGGAAUUUCGCUUGGAAAGCUACUCCAGUACAAGGAAAUCCAUCAAGAAGGCCAGAUAUUUCACUGGUAUCAAGACAUUAUUCGAGUAUCUUUAGGUCCAGGUAAAAGAGGCCAAUGGACAUGGAAGAACCAAACUAACUCUGUUUAUCUAAUAAUGCUUGGCCCUUUAUUUGAAGAUCUAAGAGGUCCCCCUAAAUACAUGCUCUCACAAAUUUCUAAAGCUGAUCCCAAAAAGCAAAGGGAUAAUAUUAUUGCAUCCGACGAUGAAACAGAAGAUGCAGAAGCACCUUUUAUACAGAAACUGUUUGGAAUACUUAGAAUAUACUACACACUACUUGAAACAGUAAAGCGAGUUACUCUAGGCAUUUUGGUCGGUGCAUACUUGGAUGACUGGUCAUCUAAAACUCCAACAAUUAUGUUAUUUUGCAUAACAUCAUUUCAGCUCUUCUUCCUUGUCCUUAAGAAACCUUUUAUUAAGAAAAAGGUGCAAUUAGUUGAGAUCAUUAGUCUUUCCUCCCAUGUAGGUAUAUUUACCACUUGUUUCGUACUCUUGGAGAAGAAAUUAACGGCCAGUGAUGAAACUAAAGUUGGAAUUUUUAUGAUUGUGCUCUUCUUAAUUGGAUUUUUGGGGCAAAUGAUCAAUGAAUGGUAUGCAUUGUACAUACAGACAAAGCAGCUGGAUCCUGCUGAAAAAUCAUUCUCAGUAGGUUUGAAAGCUGGAUCAAUAGGGUUUCUCUUGUUCUUCACUCCACAGAAAAUGAGCAGAUACCUGGAAUGCAAGCUGCCGCAGAAUCAACAGCAAGAUAGAGGAACUGGGGGAGAGACAAUUUCCUCUGCUGAAAGAGCAGAUAAGCCAUGGCCAAAACAGCUGAGAGAACUGGCACAGGCCAGCUUUACUGCAGAUAGAAAUGGAAGUCCAAAUGACCCUUCAACUAGCCACACAAAAUGGAGUGGAUUCUGGGGAAAUAAAAGCAGUGGUGGCUCAUCCCAGAAUUCUGCAGAUUUCAAGUUAAAACCAAGUCGGUUAUACAAAGAUUUAGAAGCCAUUUUUGCAUCAAAAUGAAUCAUCAACAGCUAUUGUAUAUGAAAUUUGUUUUUUUACAAUGUUUAAAUGAACUUCCAAAUUGGUAAUUGUGGCCUUUUGUGCUAAUGAAAUUGGAUUUAAUUAUUAUUUUUUUAAAUAAAGGUUAAUAAUCCAAA